AUGGAGCAGGUCUUAGAGCUUGCGAGGAUCAGAGUGGCUAUCUGGGCCAAUGCUAAAUGGCCAAGGAUUUAUCCGUCAAUUCUAGAAGUGUACCAUCAACCUCCAACUCAAAGUCAAUUGACUAAGAAGAGCCAAGAAAGGAAAGGAAUAAUAUGGGAAAAGCCAGACCAAGGACAAAUGAAGUUCAACGUUGAUGGCACCGCUAGAAGAUGCCCGGGGCCUACUAGAAUUGGUGAGAUCUUGAGGGGCUGUAGUAGGGAGGCUAAAAUUAUCUUCCCCAAAGCUCAUGGAGAGGCUGAUUCUAGCUUAGCAAAGAUGAUGGUAGUGAAGGAAGCACUUCUGAUCUUUUCUGUUUCACAAAGGAAUGAGAAUCACAAACUCCUCAUUGAGAGUGAUUCAAGCAAUAUAGUGAAAUGGACUAAGCAUCUCAAUUUAGCUCCGUGGAGAAUGAGACAACUGAAUCUGUAG